AUGUUGUUUCUUAAAAGUGCGAUUGUUCUUCUUGUUGCAUUGCUAGCCACAGUUCGUGGACAAAAUCAAUGUACAGCAGCAGCUCAAGCAACAUGUGGAUCAUAUCCAUGUGUUCAAACAGGCACCGCUUUCUCUUGUCUUUGUCCAGACAUGACAUUACAGCCAACAGCAGCACAAUGUACCGGUGGAGUUGUUAUAACAACGACGCAAUCGCCCGUUGUCAUUCCAAAUCAAUGUGCUAAUGCUGUUUGUCCGGCUGGUGCUACAUGUAUACCAACAAAUCAAAAUCCAGCUCUUUACAUUUGUCUAUGUCCAAAUAAUAUUAUUGCCAAUCCUGACUGUCCAGUAAAUCCAUUACCAGUCAAUCCAUGCUUAACAAAUAAUCCAUGCUCAAAUGGUGGAACUUGUGUUGUCAAUCAAUUAACUCUUCAAGCAGUUUGCAUUUGUCCACCAGGGACCUAUGGUAACAAUUGUUCGUAUGCAUGCCGUCCGGCCUGUGAUUCCAACUGGUGCUACAAUGGUGGUCGAUGUGUGAAUGCAUAUGGUCAAGCAUACUGUUCUUGUGGACAAAACUAUCGCGGUCGACGAUGUGAACUUCGAUAUGACAGACGUAAUUAUGUUUACUUAUAUCACAACCCACGUUGGUAG